GGGAUUUGUGUUUAGAGAAUCUGAUUUGUGUUUGUCGCCGCUGCAUGUGUGGGAUCAUUACUGCCCUGAAACUUGCGCUGAUCGCCGGGAAGUUGCGACAGAAGCCGUUUGCCUCGGGGACUUCUCUCCAUGUUGCCCAAUGUUAUCCGUGGGACAGAUGGAGAGUAACAGACAGAGCGCGUUUGUACUGAGCUCCGCUCCCCUGGCUGCGCUGCACAAUAUGGCCGAGAUGAAGACCACUCUGUUCCCCUAUACCCUGCACAACCCCAACACCUUCAAAGCCCCAGCUCUGUCCUCUCUCAACUCACAGAUCCCCCUGGGGACCCCUCAUGGGAUUAGUGACAUUCUCGGCCGACCCCUAGGGGCCUCACUGGGGUCGUGCAGUAACUUGCUCACCAGCCUGCCUCGUAUUAAUGGACUUGCCACUUCCACUGGGAUGUACUUUAACCCUGCUGUGUCCAGGUACCCCAAACCCCUGACUGAGUUACCCGGCAGGGCCCCCAUCUUCUGGCCUGGGGUUAUGCAAAGCUCUCCAUGGAGGGAUCCCAGACUGGCCUGUCCAACCCAGGCAGGGUUAAUGCUGGAUAAGGACGGAAAGAAGAAACACUCCCGGCCAACCUUCUCGGGGCAGCAGAUAUUUGCCCUGGAGAAAACCUUCGAGCAGACCAAGUACCUGGCAGGGCCUGAGAGGGCACGACUCGCCUAUUCCCUGGGCAUGACUGAGAGCCAAGUCAAGGUCUGGUUCCAGAACAGAAGGACCAAGUGGAGGAAGAGACACGCAGCAGAGAUGGCCACAGCCAAGAAGAAACACGACUCAGAGACAGAGAAGAUGAAGGAGAGUUCAGACAACGAGGAGGACGAUGAAUAUAACAAACCCUUGGACCCCAACUCGGACGAUGAAAAAAUCUCCAGGUUAUUAAAAAAGCACAAGUCCACAAACUUGAACCUUCUCAGCCCUUGCAGCAACAAUUCGGACACUUUGUGAUAUGAAAUCACAGACUUCACCCCCCCCCAAAAAUGAACUCUCCCAGACCCCCCUCCUCCCCUUAUAAAGCGCUUUAACAGCUGAAUUAACCAGGGUAUUCAAUAAACAAACCAGAAAUGUUUAAAUGUGGAUGUUUAAAUAAAAAUAAAAAAAGUGGUAUGUGUUGUACAGCCUAAAAUGUAUGUUAAGAUGUAUAUAUAUUUUCUACAGAAUAAGUUAUAAAUUAUCUGCUUGUGUCAAGGAGAGAUGCGUCUGCGACUCCUCUGCGGCAAAACGGUGCGAUUUUAGGAAUUUAAAAAAUGCCAUUCUGUUUUGCUGCUUUGUUUUCCAUUCACACAAUGGUCUGCAUCGAAAGCUCCUUUUGUACAGAAACAUUCACUUUGUAUAUAUAUUAUAUACCCCAAGGCAGAUUUGUUUUCUCUAGUUUUUGUUUCAUUCUUUUUUUCCCCAGUGCCAAAUUGAAAGCUCUUGGAAGGUUUUUUAUUUUUUAUUUUUAAAACUCUGUAUCCCCUUUAAGGAUUUGUUAAUUCAGCCAAAUUAUAACAUGACCUGAACUAUUUGAUUUUGAAGUCGGAUUUAAAUAUAUGUUGUCCACAGUUGAUGGAAAGACUUUGUAUAUUCAAUAAAUUAUUUAACAUCUG